CCCUGCCCUGUCAACUCAAAGAGGCUCUCUUGGGUGCGUUAAACGCAUUAUGGCGUUGGGACGUUGAUGUGCUUCAAUGAAAAUUUACACAAGAAUUUCACCUGGUGCUGACUGCUCUAAAUGAGAUGGAGCAGGACCAAAGUUUGAGAGAGCACGAGAGAGCUUCAACAAAACCUACAAGAGGACGUAAACUUCAAUGACAGAGUAACAGCAACAACCUCAGAACCCAACAGACACCCAUCAGCUUCUCCAUUUGAAUUUUUCUCCCAGAAGUUUGCGCCAAAGUGACAUAAUGGCAGCAGCAUCAUCAUUUGCAUCUGACCUCAGGAUUGUGGUGUUUGGAAAGAGACAACAUGAAACAUCAACUCUAUGUGACUUCAUCACAAGGGAUGAUGAUGAUGAUGAUCCUUAUCAGAAAAUCUCAAAGCAGUGUAGAGUCACUUAUGGAGAUUGGAGAGGAAAAACAUUAACAGUAGUGAAAACCCCAGAUGUCUUCAGUCUGCCCGAGGACAGAGUGAGAAACCAGAUGAAAAACUGUGUCGCUCUUUGCUCCCCUGGACCAAAUGUUCUCCUGCUGUUAGUGAAGUCGUCUGAUUUCAAUGAAGAGGACAGACAAAAAUUCAAGUUCAUCCUGAGUUUCUUUGGUGAAGAUGCCUUAAAAUACUUAAUGGUCAUCCAAACACAAACUGGUGAGUUAGAGAAUUCUUCAAUGAACCAAAUCAUCCAAAACUGCAGACAAAGGCAGCACAGGAUUGACUUUGAAAGAAAAGAUCUUCCCCAGCGUGAUUAUCAAGAACUGAUUGACCAGAUGGAGAAGAUAGUGAUCGACAAUGACGGAUGUCAUCUUAGUUAUACUGAAGGGACUGAUCCUAUGACGGUAUCUGUAGCCUCAAAACCUCCUCUGAACUUAGUAUUGUGUGGCAGAUUUGGAUCCUGGAAGAGUUCAGCCGUUAAUGCCAUUCUGGGGGAAAGAAAGUUUGGUCCACUUGCCAGCUCUUCAAAGUGUGUUAAAAAUCAGGGAGAGGUGUGUGGACGUAAAGUUUCCCUGGUGGAGCUGCCUGCCUUGUAUGGAAAACCUCAGGAGGCAGUGAUGGAGGAAUCACUCAGGUGUAUGUCCCUCUGUGAUCCUGAGGGUGUCCAUGCCUUCAUCUUGGUCCUACCGGUGGGUCCCCCAAGUGAGGAAGACAAGAAAGAGUUACAGGCCAUCCAGAACGUAUUCAGCUCUCGAGUGACUGACUUCACCUUGAUCCUGUUCACUGUGAAGUCUGACACUAAGUCUCAAGCUGUUGUAAAAUGUCUAAGGGAGAAUGUGCACAUCCGAGAGCUCCGUCAGAGCUGCCAAGAACGAUAUUUUGUCUUUGACCUUAGAGACAAACAGCAGGUCUUCCAUGUGUUGCACACUGUGGAACAGAUGAGAGCUGGUCAGUCCAGAUGUUUCACAAAGGACAUGAUGGCCAAGCCACUGGAGAAAAAGGUUGCAAACCUACAAUCUGUACCAAAGAUGGCUGGUUAUAAACUUCAGAGCAGAGAGUGUCUCAGGAUGGUGCUGAUUGGGAAGACUGGUUGCGGAAAGAGCGCCACUGCAAACACUAUUCUGGGCAGACAAUGCUUCACAUCCAGAACCAGCCCAAAGUCAGUGACCGUGAUCUGCCAGAAAGCAACAGGGGAGAUUGAUGGACGGCCUGUGGUCAUAGUCGACACCCCUGGCUUGUAUGACACAACUCUGACCAAUGAACAAGUUAAACAGGAGCUUGUGAAAUGUGUCAGCAUGUUGGCUCCUGGACCUCACGUGUUCUUGUUAGUGCUGCAGAUCGGCCGUUGCACACAGGAGGAGAAAGAUACUGUGGAACUGAUCAAGGAGUUUUUUGGCAAGAACUCAAAAGACUACAUCAUUGUUCUCUUCACCAGAGGAGAUGAUCUUCAAAAGCAAACAUUUGAGAAAUAUAUACAGGAAGACAGGAAAGGUUUCCUUGACAAACUGAUCGAUGACUGUGGAGGAAGAUACCAGGUCUUCAACAACAAAGAUCAGAGUCGCGCUCAAGUCACAGAGCUACUGAGAAAAGUCGAAUCAAUGGUAAACAGAAAUGGUGGUGGCUGCUACACCUCUGAGAUGUUCCAAGAAGCUGAGGCAGCCAUACAAAAGGAAAUGAGGAGGAUCCUGAAGGAAAAGGAAGGAGAGAUACAGAGAGAGGUGAUGGACCUUGAUAACAUGCAGAAGAAAGAAAUGCGGGCGAAGAAAAAAGAGUUUGGAAGACAAACAACCAGAAGAGAACAAGAACAAGAGCUGAAAAGCAUAGUAAUCAAGGAAAUGGGGGAAAACAUUGAGAAGGAGCAAGAAAGGCUGAGGAGAAAGGAAGAAGAAAGAAUUGCAGAGGAAAGGAAGGCAAAAAGACAGGAUGAAAUUCAAAAAAGGCAGUGGGAACAAAAUCUUGAAGUGGUGGAGAAAAAAAUAAAAUCUGGAACUGAAGAAAACUCAACUGCUCAGAAAAAGUGGAUGCAGGAGAGAGAGGAGAUCAGACGACAACAAGAGAUUUGGGAGAAGGAACGAACAGAACGGUGGGAGAAACGACAAAGAGAGGAUCAACAGAGACGGCAUGAGGAGCAAAAACGACUCGAAAAGCUAAAACAAGAACAUGAGCAGGAAAUCGAAAUAUACGAAAAGAAAAGAAAAGAAGAUGAUAAGAUCAGAAGAGAACACGAGGAAAGAGAAUGCAGAGCAUUAGAGGAACUCUAUAUGCAGAGAAAGGAGGAAGUAAGGAAGAAAAAUGAAGAGAAGGCCAGAGAGCAAGCUGUGGAAAACAAUGAAUUCAACAAUAUUUACGUCACGAUGAAGAUGUUUGAAACGGUAAUGGAGGACAUGUCUGAAAUGGAAAUGGCGGAUCUGAAGCUGAGGCAACAAAACCAAAAUGACUUCAUUAUGCAACAGCUGCACAGAAACACAGUGUACGAGACAGAGUGGCGUGAACUGGAGAAAAAACAAGAACAGGAAAUGACUGAUCUGAAGUUGAGACUUGGUUUUGAAAAUGGAGAGCGUCUUCACAAAGAAAUACAUGACCUCGAGAAAAAACACGAAGAGGAAAUGCAUAACUGGAUACAGGGACACAUGAAGCCAGGGACACAUAAAGAAAGCCUGAAGAAAGCCAAACAAACCAAGCCUUGUAGCAUAUUAUGAGAUGCUUCAAAUUGCGCCAGAUUUGUGGUUGAGAAGCUGUUCUUUUGUUGACUUAAAGCAUGAAAUGAAUUACAUUUUCUUUUGUAUUGAACUUGUGUAUAUAGUUGGCCUACAUCAAGUUUCUCAGACUUGAUGACUUUAUUUACCACUAUCUGGUGUAAAAAUAACAAAAUGAUGUUGUUUCAUUGUUGGUGCAAAUAUCUAUGAUAAUCAAUUCUAGUGGCCAGUGGCCAAACUGAACACAAAAGCUAAUUAAGUUUAACUCCAUGAAUGUUCAUGAGCUUUAGGGCCCUAUUUAGAUGGUCUAAAGUGGAUGGCGGAGGGCGCAUAAUCCAUGUCACAAGUGUCAUUGUUAUUUAGAUGCAGGCGCGGUUGUCAUUUUCACACCCUGCGCCCUCGUUGUCUAACUAGCAAAUGAACUUGCGCUCCUCUGGGUGUGUUGGUCUAAAAAUGAGGAGUGGUCAAGCACAGUCAUGGCGCGUUGCUAGUUAGAUGACGUAAAAAGCAAAAGCGCCAGUGACCAACAAUAACCUGGUCUAAAGUCAACGGCGUAGUAUUUCGCUGUUAAAUAAUAUGCGUCUCUAGGCGGGUGCACAACGCACGUGCACUCUGCUCAGACACACACGGAGCAGCCACACAUAUGCAAAAGAUAACAAAUAAAAAUAUGAUUACAAUGUGAAAGGUUAUUAUUGUGCGCAUUAAUAUAUUUAUCAGAAACAUGUCUUAAUGGUCAGUCAUUAAUCAGAAUGAUCUAAUCGCAGUAAUAAUGAUCAUCAUAAUUUGUAAUAAUGACAAAUGAAACUGUGAAAUUAUCUGACCAAUCAAUCAUUUUUUUGAUUGAAAACCAAAGCCCACACAUUGCAUUUAUUUUAACAUGUUAUACUAGGCUACAUUAUAUUAUAUUAUUAUAUUGUUAUCAGAGUGUAGAGAGGACACACAUGCAAAUAAGAGGCAGAACACAGCUCUAGGAAACACGUGAAAACAAUUAACAAACGUGGGUGGGGGAGAAAACGCUGAACAGGUCCUAGCUGCAGGAUCAGCACCUUGGGGAGCUCCGCGGCAGUCCUGACAGCUGUGCGCUGUUAUAUGAUGAAAACAGGUUUGAAUAAUAUCCCACAGAUAUUUAGUAAGAUCUUUCUUAUAUUAGUGAUCCCACGCCAGCUUUACCUCGGGGAGCUUGGGUGCCUGUCUGCUGUCCCCGUAGAUCUGAUUCUGACGGGCCUUCACCUCCCGCACGAGGAGAUCCGUCUCCUCAGCUGUAAAACGCUCACUCUUUCCAGUUGGUAGGUCCGCCAUCUAACUAGCUCUCCGCCGUGCACUCCAAUCACGUCUCUUUUAAAGGGAAUGAGAAGUGACACUCUGAUUGGCCUAUUGAAUGAUACGGCCAAAACACACCCAUGACUAAUUCACAGAGUAAGUCCAACCCUUUUAGACUCUCUGCCAUGGCGCACAGUCUAAAAACACGCUGUCUAACUAGCAAGUGACUGGGACACGCCCAUGCGCCGCACGCCUGGUGCUUUGCGUUUUAGACCAUCUAAAUAGGACCCUUAAAGUUCAGUGUAUCUGUGUAACACACAUCUUAGUAAGUUAUCUUAUUAGUGGCAGCCUAUAUUGUCUUUAAAGAUUACUAUUUUUGCAACGGUCAAAACUUUUGAACAGAUAUUUAACUAUUUUUUUCUUUUAGGACAGGGUUAAGAAAUAUUACAGUGAACGUUAAGUGUAAACUGCUAUAUGCUAUAAUUAGCAUCAUAAAAUGUAACAUCCAUGCUCAUGCUGUAAAUAUCUGUUAUUA